AUGCACAUACCCAAACGUUACCCACAAUCAAUCUCAGACAAAUCCCAAUUCCUCUUCGGCUCAAUCACCUCCAACAACCGGGCUUCCGCCGACAAUCAGCCAUCGCGAAGCCGCAACCAUUCAGAUCCGAUCCAGACCAGUCCACUCCGGCGCCGUCUUCAAGGGUCCCGCUCCGCUUACUCCAGUUCCGCCUACCGAGUUGAGCUCCGAGCUCCGCCGCCGCCUUUGCAGGCUCAGGCCCGGCGCAGGUCUGACCUGGUUGUUUUUCUCGCCAUGUCCGACUCACCUCCCCCAUCGCCAUCCUCGCACGCGACGGCUCACGCGUAUGCAAGUAAUGGACUCGAGAUGCUGCAGGCCGCCAGCGAUGCGGCGCAUGCCAUCAUUGAUAGUCCCCAGAACUUGCAGCAUGCUGCCUUAGCUGCUGCUGAGGCUGUUGGCCACCAGCAACAGCAACAGCAACAACAGCAGCAGCAGCAGCAUCAACAUCAGCAUCAGCAUCAAUCAAUGGACCAACCUUCCCAAGAAGCCCUCCCUCACACGUCCGAAUUACCGACACAGCUUAUGCCUGGAAAUGGAGCUGUUAUGCGCGAUCCCACUAUCAACCCGAAGUUGACUCGUCUCCGGCGUGCUUGUGAUAUGUGCAGCAUGCGCAAGGUCAAAUGUGACGAUUCCAACAUCCCCUGCCGACCAUGCCGAGAGCUCGGUGUAGACUGCACCUUUAAUCGAGAGACAAAGCGUCGAGGACCACCCAACAAGCAUGCUGAGGCUGCAAAAGCCGCCAAACGGACACGGCCGGAUAUUCCUGCUGCCGCCGCCGCGGCAGCAGCAGUGUUUGAGUCCUUGUCUCCUUCCCCCCAGACUGCCGCCAAGACGUUGAUGAACAUUUCGACCGAGGGUGUUCUGGAUGCUGAAGCUAUUGCUCCCAUGCCAGUCUUGGAACUCCUCGUUGAUGACUUUUUCACCUACAUCCACCCACUUGCACCCUUCCCUCAUGAGCCGACGUUCCGUCAAUCUUUCGCAAACCGCGAAGACCGUACCAAGCCCGAGUUUCUCGGGUUACUGGCGAGUAUGAUAUGUACCCUUGUUGCGUCCUUUCCCAGAAGCGCGAGAGAGCACCUCAAGGCCCAGCACAGUACUCAUCUGUUUCCUAGAGCUAUUGUCAUGGUUGAAAAAUGCCGUGAGAUUGCUUUGUUGACACGUGGGAGUAAAUGGCAACUCAAGCAGCCCAAAACGCUAGAUGACGCUGCGACCAGCUACUUUUUAGGUCUCGCUUCGGGAUAUACUCACCAAUGGAACGCCUCAGGCCAGUUUAUGGCCGAGACCCUGACCCUCCUUCGCGAGUUGGGUUUUAACCGGCCGAAGCACCCCGGCGAUCUGCCAACCUUUGGCAAUGACAAUUGUUCGCCAGAUCCUCUGCCUUUCAACCAUGUCAAGGAUCAGAUCGGGAAACGCAUUUUCUACUGCCUGCUUCUAGGCGUGCGAUCUUUCUCGCAGCUUGGUGCAUCGUCUGCUGAUAUGGUCAUUGCCCCAUCUACACCUAGUCUGCCCUAUCCUGCAUAUCCUGAAAAUGUUGACGAUAUCUGUGUUCUUGCCAACGAAGUCAUCCACCAACAAGAUGGCAGUGUUACCUUGUUAACCGGAUUCCGCUUUGCGAUCGAUAUCUACACUACGAUGAACGGUAUUGUGAGUCUUGAGCUAGCUUACGGUAUGAGCACCCUACCCUGGGCAGACCAGCGAAUCCUCCUUCGAGACGGUCUGCUUGCGGCCAAGAGUAUCACCGACAAUCUGCCACCUGAGCUACAACUUGGAGAUCACGGAAUCGAAGCAAAUGCACUGACCAGCUUCGACGACUCUGGCAUGCAGUAUGCGCCCCCUGCUUGGCCCAACAGCCAGCCGGCCCACGACCUACGCAAUGUGAUCAAGAACCAGCCCGCGCGGCGUCGACAUCUCCAGUAUGAGAUACAAAAAGCCAACAUUUUUGUUUCACAGCUUGCCACCCGUUCAUACUUUGUGGAGUUGUAUUUUGACCUCCGGGAUGUCCACCUGACGGAGCAGCAGCAACAGGACAACAAUCCUAUCGAGGGCCAUUCAGAGGAGGAGAAGGCGGCUCAAGAUGCUGACGAGAAGGAAAUACACGAUUUCAUGUCGGCAGAGCGUGAGCUCAUUGUGCAGAAUCUGCUCACAGUCCUGGGAUCUAUUUCGCAGCGAAAUAUGGAGCCCAAUGGCGGAUCACUCAUCAACAAGAUUCGUCAAGUAGCGUCAACACUUCUCAAUGACGCACCGGAGCGAAAGGGGCCAUUCGCGGUCAAAUCAGAAGAGGCGCUGUCGCAGUUAAUCAACAUCUUAGUCAAGCUGGAAAAGACAGGCCCCGGCAAUGGAGGAGGUAUCGAUGCACAGGAUCCAUCACAAAUGACAUCACAGGAUGAGGAGGAAGAACUGCGACACUGGGCGGAUCUACGAGAUUACCAGAUAAGAUUCGCGAUGCAGGGAGGCUUUGCCGGGAACCUGUAA